GAAAAGAUAUGGCCAUCAUCAUGAAUAAGCCUGUGAACUACUUUAUGGUUGAUGCAUUCACCGAGUCAGCUUUCAAAGGGAACCCAGCAGCAGUGUGCAUUCUUGAAGAGGACCAUGAGAGAGACGACGCAUGGCUUCAGUCUCUAGCCGCAGAGUUCAACGUUUCUGAAACUUGUUUUGUGAAUCCCAUUGGUCACGAUGGUCGCUUCCGUCUCCGGUGGUUUACCCCUUCACUCGAGAUGGAUCUUUGUGGUCAUGGAACUUUGGCAUCUGCUUAUAGCCUCUUCUCAAACGGUUUGGUUGAUUCAGACAAGGUAGAGUUUCUAACACAAUCAGGUCUUCUUACAGCCAAGCGGGUUCCAGACACUUCAGUGAAAGGAGGAUCGUUCUUAGUUGAAAUGAACUUCCCUGUGAUUCCAACUUGUGAGUUAUACAACUCAAGUGAGAUCAAGUCCAUGUUUUCCAAGGCCUUGAACGGAGCUACCAUUGUUGAUGUCCGAGGAACCACCAAGUCCACAACUGAUAAAUUUAUCUCCGAAAAAAUCGUUGUUGAGCUUCCAUCUUGGGAAGCUGUCACUGAACUAAACCCAAACAUGGAUGAAAUUUCAAAAUGUCCAGGAAAAUUGAUCAUUGUUACAGCUGCUGCUCCUGAAGGAUCUGUGUAUGAUUUUUGUAGUCGGUUCUUUUCUCCCAGAUUAGGAGUGCACGAGGACCCUGUAUGUGGAAGUGCACAUUGUCCAUUAGCACAUUACUGGAGCCUCAAGAUGAACAAGUGUGAUUUCUUCGCUUACUCGGCUUCACGUAGGAGUGGAUCACUGAAGGUUCGUUACGAUAAGGAGAAGCAGAGAGUUUUUCUCACUGGAAAAGCUGUGACUGUGAUGAAAGGCUCUAUUCUACCGUAAUCUUGAUUUUAGAAGUCAUGACUUGGAGAUGUGGAAGCACAAGUUUAUCAAGUUGUCUCAAUAAAUGAUGAAAUUAUAUCUAUGAUCAUCUUCCAUAAUAAACAAAUAGGUUCACAUGAAAUGUAUUCAUAUGUUUUCAGUGUUCAUGUUGGAUUAAUGAACUUACAUGUAAUUCUCA